AUGCCAAUGACCUGGAAUCCUGAGUCGGACGCUCGGCUCCUUAUCGCCAUCAUCUCUACCACUCCCAAUAUCAAUUGGGAGGCCGCGGCACUCUUCAUGGGCAAGGACUGCUCGAUCAGUGCUCUCAAACAUCGUGUCGCCCGCCUGAAAGACAAGGCUGGUCUGCCAGUCACUCCCCGGGCCAAGGGCAGCAAGACCAGUACCAAGCGUGCGACCCCUAUGAAAUCCUCCAAGGCCGACCUCGAGAAGGCCAAGGCCAAGAAGGCAAAGACCGAUAAAAAGGCCAAGGUCAGCUCAACCAUCGACGACGACAAUGUCGAUCAAGUCGAUGACGACAGCGACAGCAACGAGGAGCAGUCGAUCAAGGAGGAGUGGCCCGAGGAAUAUUCCUUGCUCGAGUGCGCUUGA